AUUAGCGGCGAAGAAGAAGAAGCGGACAUGACGUCGGAGUCCUUCUUCCAAAACAAGCGGAGUGUUAUGAAAGCUUCACAGUGAAAUGUUGGAUAACCACUUUUUCCAAACCCUUACACAACUCCGGGGCGACAGCUGCGGGGCUUCCGCCUGUCCAGUUUUGCCAAAAGACAAUUAAUUGUAAUAAAAAAUAGAUUUGUAUUCAGAAACGUUUACGAAAAGACAGCAUGGCAAAGCAGAGAAGGUGUGCAGAGACGGAGGCCCAUACAAAGAAACUGAAGCAGGUGCUGAAGGCAAAAAGCAGCGGAGCAAAAGCGAGAACGAAGAAGAAAGAUGCAGCUAAUGGCCACACAGAGGAAGAGGAGAAGCUCGAGAGGAAGGUCAAACCCAAACCACGGCGCUACACAAAACGGGCAUCAGGGAACACCACAUCAAACACAUCCACAACUGCCAUUGCCGUCAAAACCAGUAAAUACUUUCAGUCGCCAGUGAAGGAGGAGGAGCCUGAGAGUGAGGAUGACUUUCCCAAGGUAAACGCAGCAGCACCUGCGGUUACGGUUAAUGCCAAGAGAACGGAGAAAGAAGAAGAGGAGGAAGACAGUGAGGAAGACGAGGAUGAUUGGGAGGAAGUGGAAGAGCUUUCUGGACCACUGGGUCCAGUUGAACCACCAGAACCUGUCCUGCCCUCUCAGCCGGUUGAGAUAGAGAUUGAGACUCCAGAAAUCAGGAAAAAGCGAAAGAGGCAAGCAGAGUUUGAAAUGUAUCUGAGGCGGAUGAUGAACCGAUACAAGAAGGACGUGCUGAUAAACACACACAAGGUUCACCUGAUGUGCCUGAUAGCCAGUGGGAUGUUCCGCAGCCGCUUGUGCAGUGAACCAGACCUACUGGCCAUCACUCUGUCACUGCUGCCCCCCCACUUCAGCAUGGUCGCCAAGCAACGUAUCGACCAAAACUACCUCUCUGGACUGCUUAAAUGGUUUAGAGCAACGUUCACCCUCAACCCCAGUCUUCCCUGUGAAGAGCGUCCGGACCCACGGGCUAUGCUGGAGAGGCGACUAGCCAGCUUGUCAUUCAGAAACCACCAGGAGAUGACUCAUCUGUUUCUGUUGGUCCUGAGGUCUCUGCAGCUCUUUUGCCGAUUGGUUCUUUCUUUGCAACCGAUUCCUCUCAAACCGCCAUCAGCCAAGGGCAAAGGGGCUAGAACAUCUACCGGUGCCCCAGGAAAAAGCAACACAAGCCAGCAAACCUCCAAGACCACCUCUCCUGAGCCAAUGGUGUCUACUGGCACCAAGAGACCAGCUGGAAGGGAGAAGAUCAAUGUAGACGGAGGAGGGAAGAAAGCAAAGACAAAAGACAUAAAAGAGGAGACUGUGAAGGAAAAGGAGAAGGUUAUAACAUCAGGAGGGCAAAGGCCAAAGAACUCAAAACGCCGCAGCAUCGCCUCAAAAGUCAGCUACAAGGAAGAAAGUGACAGUGAAGCAGAAAAAGAGGAGGAAGUGCUUAGUGAUGAGGAGGAUUUUCAGGCGACCAGUGAGGAAGACAGUGAGGAUCCAGGGGGAGGGGCUAAAUCCAUUAAGGGGAAAAGGGGGAAGAGCAAAGCCAAAGUGACCAACAGCAAGAACACUGCAGCUCCGAAAAAAAGGAGUGGUGGAGGGAAAAAACAAGUAGAAGAGGAGGAAGAUGAUGUUGAAGAAGAAGAAGAAGAAGAAGGAACAACAAGCAACAGAACAAAGCGAAGGAGUGGGAAAAAGAAGGACGGGCCUGGAGCGGACGAGUGGUUGGAGGUGUAUCUGGAGAAAACUGCCUCCUGGGUUUGUGUAGAUGUGGAACAUGGUGUUGAGAUGCCACACCUCUGCUCCCAGAAUGCAACAGCACCGGUAUUGUACGUGGUGUCGGUGGAUGGGGGCGGCUUUGUGAAGGAUCUGGGGAGGAAGUACGACCCCACCUGGUUGACAAUGUCCAGGAAGAGACGGGUGGAUGAAGAGUGGUGGGAGGAAACGCUUGAGCCAUUUCUGGGACCUGAGGACGAGAGAGACAGAAAGGAGGACAAGGAGCUCCAGAACAAGCUGCUGAACAAACCCCUCCCGAUCUCAAUAGUGGAGUAUAAGAACCACCCACUGUAUGCCUUAAAGAGACACCUUCUGAAAUAUGAAGCUAUCUACCCUUCAACAGCCACUGUACUCGGAUACUGCAGAGGAGAGCUGGUGUACUCCAGGGAUUGUGUGCACACGCUCCACUCCAAAGACACUUGGCUCAAAGAGGCGCGGACUGUCAGGCUAGGAGAAGAGCCAUAUAAAAUGGUGAAGGGUUUCUCUAAUCGUUCGCGUAAAGCCAGGAUGGCUACUGAGCAGAAGGAUGCGAAUGACCUGGCUCUGUUUGGAAAAUGGCAGACUGAAGAGUACCAGCCGCCUAUAGCUGUGGAUGGGAAGGUUCCCCGUAACGACUACGGUAACGUCUACCUGUUUAGGCCCUGUAUGUUACCGGUGGGCUGUGUUCACCUCAAGCUGCCCAACCUGCACCGCGUGGCAAGGAAGCUGAACAUCGAUGCAGCCCCUGCAGUUACGGGCUUCGACUUCCAUGGAGGAUACUCUCAUGCUGUGACUGAUGGUUACAUUGUGUGUGAGGAGCAUGAAGAGAUUCUCAGAGCGGCCUGGGGGGAAGAACAACAGAUUCAGAAACAGAAGGAGAAAGAGAAAAAGGAAAAGAGGGUGAUCUCCAACUGGACUUUGCUGGUUAAGGGGCUCCUGAUCAGAGAAAGACUUAAACAGCGAUAUGGAAAGAAGACCCAGGGACUGGGGGGCCUUGCUGACGCAGAGGAGACUGGCGGACUCUCGUCAGAUGAGGAAGUGGUUAAAGGUGGAAGUCCAUUAGCUAUGACAGCGUCUGAGACUGUGGCCAUGUCCUGGCCCCAGAACAGACAAGCAGAGGAGGAAGGAGGGAGCAUUAGCGGACUAAAGAAGAAGAAGACAACAAAACGAGAAAAGAGAGGACAAGAGAAACAUUUGUUCCCCUUUGAGAAAGUGUGAUGUCAGACAUCCAAAACUACACUUGACUUUAGUUAAAUCCACGUUGAUUACAUUUUGCUCUCAAAACAGCUGCUCCUGAUAUUUAAUUGGGAAGAUGUUCACAACGCAGGAUAAAGUUUGCCCCAGGUGGGACAAAUUUGGAAUACAUGUUUGCAAGUUUGGUCAUCCCUGGAACCUUUGGCUGUAACAUUAUAAGCAGGAGAGGAAAGAGUUGGGUAGUGCAUUGCAGAUCGAUCCAUUUCUUCCAGAGGGGAUAAUACAUGCAUUAAACCUGCUCCGUCUCCACCAUCACUGUGCAUACUCCCAUUAGCUCAUGUACUAGUAGGCUCUUAUACAAGAGAUUUGUAGAAAUGUAGCAUAUGCAAGGGGGGAGAAAACACAAGUGAAUAUCAAAUCGAGCAAAGUUGAACUUGACAAUGUGCUUUUGUGCAGAAAAGUGUUACCAGGUUGCCUCAGAGAAAACAAACAACAUGAAAGGAGUGACAGGAAAAUGUCCUUUACAUGAUCCACUCAGCCCUCUUGCAAGUAUUCAGUGGGUGUGCUCCAAAACCUGAUGUGCUAGUUUGAGCCUGGUGGGCUUGGUUACCAUUUCAGUUCAGUCCACAAAAUGGCAUAUACAGCUUAUGCCGACUUUAAUUAAUGUCUUGGGUGGUAAUUAAACACAAUAUCCCAUGUACCAACAACACUACAAACGAUGCAGAAAAAUUAACAUUUUUUGAGUGGCUCCACCACCUUCUACUGUUUUCAUUUGAUCUCAUUCCAUAUAAGCAUGUUUCCCUAAUGUUGCCACCAUGCGACAAUGAACUGGGGCACAGUCAUUGUUACUGGCUGGACUGUACACUGUGUAAGCUGACACAAUCAAAACAGAAACACAUACUGUUAAUAUUGUGUGAAAAUUGGAUCUCCUGGUUGUCAAGUUUUCAGGAACUGGCACAAACAGCCAUGUUUUUGUAGCCCUGCUACUGUGUAUUUGAGUGGAAGUCACUGUUUUUAGGUUGUAGCAUCCACUUAUGUGACGGACAGAUGCACACAAGGACCAUACAACCCUUCCAUUGAGGUUUAAACCAAAACAGAAGUUAAGAAGUUGUUGAAUGAUUCCUUAGUCAUGAUUUUUCACACAUACUGUACUUCCUUUUUUCUCUCUUGUUAGGAUGCUUCAUCCCCUGGAGGUUCAUUCCUUCCUGCAGUAUGCUCUAUCAGCCCUCAUAUUCAGCCUCUUACUCACAUCUUUUGUCACUUUUUCACACUUUGUGUCUCUAUACGUGUUUGUACACAACAGAUUAUGCCAGUAUUUAAAGUUGUAAGCAGUUUUUGUAUGAAAAGUAUUUUUCUAAGAAAUGUUGAAAUAUCAGUUAAAAGCAAACAAC